AUGGAGGAGGGGACGAUGAUAAUGGUAGACGGUGGAGGUGGAUUUCGAGGUGUAGUCAGGUUACAAUCAUCACGAAUGAUCCAGCUACUGCUUCUCAGCAUCCUGAUCACGUUAUUAACCCCAGGCGGUGUAAAUACCGAGCAAGUACGACACCUUGAAGUAUCUGAGAAUGCCCCACCAGGUAGUAGAGUUGGUUUCAUCGACCUUGAAGGCCCGCCGUAUCUCAUUGUUCCGGUAGCAGGUUCCCCGGUUAUCAGUGACUUGACCGUAGAUUCAGCAACCGGGGAAAUAAAGACCCGGCAGCCGCUGGACCGGGAAACUAAUCCGUCGUACAGCUUUGUAGCGUUGCCACAGCGAGGGAACAUCCGUGUGGUGAUCAAAGUUCUGGAUGAAAAUGACAACGCACCAACUUUUCCCGUUGAUCAUGUAGACAUCGAAUUUCCUGAGAAUUCUCCGCGGGACGCAAAGCGGGCCUUGCCCCCCGCUAAGGACCCAGAUUUAGGGCAGUACUCCACUCAGAGGUAUGAAAUCGUCAGCGGGAACUUUGGAGAUGUCUUCAGAUUGUCCCAACACCGAGGAAGGGACGGAGUUUUGUAUUUGGAUCUGCAGAAUUCUGGAAAUUUGGACCGGGAAGCCAGAUCUUCUUAUCAGUUGAUAAUUGAAGCUUUGGAUGGCGGUUCGCCGCCGCUGAGGUCCAGGUUGAAGGUCAACGUUAUCGUCCAGGAUGUCAAUGACAACCCGCCGAUCUUCAACCAGACCAGGUACACUGCCAGUGUUCCUGAAAAUGCUACCGUAGGAACUCCUGUGUUGCAAGUUAACGCCACUGAUUUGGACAUUGGAAGCAACGGGAUGAUCGAGUACUCGAUUAAUCGCAGGCAGAGCGACCGCGAGGAGAUGUUCAGGAUUGACAGCUCUUCUGGUAUGGUCUUCGUUAACAAGGCUCUGGAUUUUGAAUCCAAAGAACGGCAUGAAUUGGUGAUAGUGGCCCGAGAUUUGGGCGCUCAGCCGCUUGAAGCAAGCGCCUUUUUGUCGGUUUACGUGACUGAUGUGAAUGACAACCAGCCGACGAUAACGGUGAUAUUCCUCUCGGACGACGCGACACCCAAAAUAAGUGAAAGUGCCCAACCAGGGGAAUUUGUCGCUCGGAUUUCGGUAAGUGAUCCAGAUUCGAGGACUGAGUAUUCCGAUGCCAAAGUGUUUUUAGUCGGGGGAAAGAACCACUUUGGUUUAACGACACGUGACAAUAUUAGAUACCUGGUGGUGGUCGAACGUCCGCUAGACCGCGAAGAACAGCCGGUUUAUGAUUUGGCUGUGGAGGCUACUGAUGCUGGAACGCCUCCUCUUAGGGCUGUCAGAACUUUCAGGCUCAUGGUGACGGAUGUUAAUGACAACGCGCCUGCUUUUGAACAGGAACUCUAUGAAGCUCAUUUGUUGGAAGCUUCCGAACCCGGGACUGCUGUGAUUAAAGUUAAGGCCACGGAUGUCGAUGAAGGUGUCAAUUCGGUUAUUAAGUAUUCGUUGAAGAACACCACCUGGUUUUCUAUUGAUAAGGACACUGGGCUGAUCAGUACAGUGACACAUGUGGAUUGUGAAACUGAUCCUGCUCCUAAUCUCGUUGUUGUUGCUACCGAUUCUGGUAGGCCUUCUUUGACCGGGACUGCUAUUGUUAGGGUUACUGUUCAUGAUCUUAAUGACAAUGAGCCUAUUUUUGAAAAACCACUUUACAAUACUAGUGUACCUGAGGAUUUGCCUGUCGGACACUGCUUUAUUAAGGUAUUACAACCAAUUGUUUGCACAUUGGAGUCGAUUUAUCGAAAUUACCCGCUAAAGGUUGGAUUUUUUGUUCGAGGAUCGAUUGGCUUAGGCACAUGUUUAAGUUUCCGAGUCCCGAGUAUACAGAGUGUACUUGGGUACUCGGUACUUGUGGAUUCCCUAGGAUCAAAAAAGGGGAAGGGGGUACAAAGUGAUGACCGUAAUGAUUCUAACCACUGUCUGACAUCUGGCAUUAGGCACUCGCCUUUGGAGUGGCAACGCCCGCAGCAAUUGUUGCCGUUUACGGCUGCUGCCGUCUCUGAUAUGCUGACUACGUAUACGCUAUGUAAUGCCGUUGCUCUUUUAGUCCUCUUGUAUCUCAGCUCGAGUAUCUUCUCAUUCUAUCCAGCGAGUCCUGCAAUACGGGUCCAUCCUUGUUCCUUUCCUCAUUCACCGGUGUCCCUAUCUCCUUUUCUCGAUCCUCGUACUCACGACUUGCCUACCUACUACACUCUACUAUAUAUAAUAUAUAUAUAUAAAUAUACUACAACUACUAGUACUACUACAACUACUACAACUACUACGAUACUGAGUACGAGGCCUUUCUCUCUUACAUUACAUUACACUGGACCGCAUUCCAAGUGCGAAGAGCAUUCACGUUGCCCGGCAUAUGCACUUAUAUAUUGUUGUGGAGCCGCUGAUACUGAGGAAAGUAACGACGAAGACGAACAAGAAGGAGAUGAGGAGAAUGAGUACCAGGUUCAAGAGGAUGGACCAAGGAAUAGUGGAGAGAAUAAGAAUAAGAAUAAUCUUCCAAAGGGAAGAUGUCCGACGAAGAAGAAGAUGAUCAAGAAGAAGAAGACGGUUUCGAAGAGGCGACCGGCAUUCCACGGGGUCCGUAUUAAUUAUACUGAGGCUCCGUUGAUGCCGAUACCCUCUCUCUCUCAUCCUCAGUCUCUCUCCGGCUCACGAACCAACAAAAUAGAUUACUCAAUGUACAAAAAUGUUUAUUUACUUGCAUGCAUAAGAGAGAUAAACCUUGAAGUCACGACACAAUACGAGAAGGGAAGAGAAGAGGUAAAGUCGAAGGCCAUAAGAGGAAUUUUAAGCCGUGAACCGUGUAGCGCGUUCUUUACAAUCUUUACCACCGAAAUGGGAAUGCCAGAGCAUCUCACUAACUUGGAUAUCCAAUAUAAUAUAAAUAGUCUAGAGGGAGAUCCAGUAUUGUGUGGAUCAGAAGAAGAUGAAGAUGAAGAUGAAGAUGGAGAUGGAGACGGAGACAAAGAUGGAGAUGAAGAUGCCAAUCCGAGGAGAGAGAGGAAAAAGGAAGAAACUAAUCUUUUAGCCAUGAGGAAGUGCUCCUUACGUAAUACUAUGUCAAGUCACUUACAUACGGAUGUGUGGAUGUUUGUUGAUGUGUUGAUGUGUUACGUAAGGAUCUAG